ACAACAGAUAAGUUGGUUAAAGUUUUGAGAAAAGUAUAUGUUUUGGGAUUUAAAAAAAUGCCUAAGCUACAGUUUAUUUGCGGAGCAUUUUGUUGAAAAAGCAUGGUACUGCAGAAUACAUUACGAAAGUUACUUUCCAGUGUGACAACAGUACAGAGAAUUAGUUGCUUUUCUACAUCAGCUUUCCAUAUGAAUGGUGUCAAAAUAUCAGUUAUCCCACAUGACGCUUUAGUAGAUGAGCAUGUUCACAUCAAGGUGGAUGGUUUACCUAAGAACGAACCUGUCACCAUUAAGGCCUCGCUACAAGAGGGCAACAAUAGAUUUGCAUCAUAUGGGUGUUAUACAGCAACAGAACAGGGCCAUGUUACAGUGGAGGAACAAACGUCAGUACAAGGAACAUAUACAGGUUUGGAGCCAAUGGGGUUAUUUUGGAGCAUGAAGCCUGAACCCUCUAUGAAACAGAAUAUUAGACUUCUUAAAAAGGAUGUGACCUCUCCCAUUGUCGUAACAUUGUCAGUUAUUGAAGGUCACCACUCCUGGGAAACUUUGUUUGAUCCACCCCCAAAUCCUCUAGCUACAUUAGAUGUAUAUAGAUGGUACAAAGACAAGAAUGUUAGAAGAGAGAGAGUUAGUGAGGGCAACAUCAGAGGUGCACUCUUUAUCCCCCCUGGACCAGGACCAUUUCCUGGGGUAAUUGACAUGUUUGGUAGUGGAGGGGGACUCUUUGAUCACCGUGCAGCAUUGUUAGCCUCCAGAGGGUACUAUGUCUUUGCUCUGCCUUUUUUUGCGUAUGAAGAUUUACCAGAAACUAUGCCAGAUGUUUCAUUGGACUAUCUUAUUGAGAGUGUGGAAUGGUUUGCUGGACUACCACAAGUGAGGCAUGAUGGGAUUGGUAUAAUAGGACUUUCUAAGGGAGGCAUGUAUGCCAUGGAGCUCUGUAGACAUGUGCCACAGAUCAAAGCUGUAGUUCUGGUAAAUGGAGUAACAUUUUAUUCUGAUGCUCCUCUCAAGUACAGCAAAGGAGACAUACAAAACUUAGAAUUUCAGUUUGAUCAAAUGAAGGCCACACCAGAAGGAAUUGACAUUUCAAAUUGUUAUCAUCCCACAGAUGAAUUCUUCAUCAAAGGAUGGGAGAGUGAAGCUGCAUUUUUGUUUAUUGUGGGAGAUGACGAUGGAUGUCUGAAGUACUCCACAGUUGAACAUUUUAUGGAAUUGGUGCCAACGGAACAUAAACAUCGGUUCCAGGUUAUAAGGUACCCCGAAACUGGGCACCUUAUUGAGCCACCAUAUUCACCUCACUGCAGGCACUCCUACCAUAAAGUAUUCCAAUUUGAAUUUCUAUGGGGAGGAGAAACAAAAGCUCACAGCUACGCUCAGGAAGAUUCCUGGGGGAGGAUCCUGGAAUUCUUCUCCAACCAACUCUGAUCUAAUAAACAGAAAUGUCUGACAACCACCUAAACACAAUCAGUAAAUUAUAACAAACAAUGUGCAAUGCACAUGGUUGUGAUACUUAAGAAUGAGAAUUAUUUAAAGUAUUAUAUAGGAGAUUUUAUUGAAAUGGUUUUAAGUUUACACUAGUGAUAUUACAGGGAGAUUUAAAUAAAAUAUUAUUUCUUGUUGGAUGGAAUUCAUCAUUACAACAAAGGAUUAAUUAUGCAUGUAUUCAUGCACUUGUUUUUUAUGAUGUGCCAUAUACUGUGAUUUAAAUAAAGAUCUAGGAAUUGAA